GCUCUGCGCCUCACGCCUUGCGCAGGAUCCUCGCGCUGGGAGGAUUCGCACCCAACCCCAAGCCCGGUUGGGAACGUGGUGUCCGAGACCGUCUGGGAUCCCCGCGCGCACGGCCAGCUUCCCGGGACCCGCGCGAGACGCUGUCUGAUCGGGCUCCCUAGAGUGGGGCCCGGAGAAACCAGAACCGCGGGGGCAGCCUCACGCCAUUUUGCACGCCCUGAGAUGUUUGGUUCUAGCAGAUACUUGGGUUCCUCUGAACAGCCCAGAGCUAAUUCACUGGGUCCCAGUGACAGGACCUUGGUUUUGUGCUCCCUAGUGGAAGGGGAAGAUAAGGUCAGCCCCUCUGAACCACAUGGACUGAGAAUGGAGGAGAAAUGGUUACUCAAAGGAAAAUUAAGGAAUCAGAGGAACCAAAACCAGCUCCUGUCCCCAAACAAGAAGCAGAGGAAAAACCACACUAGCAAGCUGCAAGAGUUGGCACUGCUGCUGCCCAUAGCCCUGAAGACGGGGACCAAGAAGCUCACAAAGAAGGAGAUUCUGGUGCAUGUCCUGCAGUACAUUCAGUACCUCCAGAGAAACAUCGAUGCCGCCAAGGCCUUGUUCAAAGGCCACAUCACCACUGGGGAAGGUGGACUUGCAGGGCUGGGUCAGAAUCCAGCCUGGGGCCCAGCCAGGCGGAGGAGACACUCUACCCCCUCCAGCUCCCCAAGUUCUCAGAAGUCCCAUCUCCAGGGAGCAUGCCAGAAGCCUCGGAAGAAGAAGCUGACCCAGGCAUCAGAAAGCCAGACUCGGACCCCGAAGCCUCGCCGCUCCCUGGCCCUGAACAAGCCUGAGAAGCUGGUGACCCUAUCCCCAGACCAAAAAGGAAGCAGCACAGAGAGGACCACCACCCCUCCAAGGUGCCCUGAUUUCUGCGGUCACCCGAGGCCUGCAUCAUCCUCGCCUCCAGGCGACAGAAAAGGAGGACAGUCCCAGCUGACGCUGUUGGAUCUGGCCGAGGACACCAUCCACUGUGACAUCUCAGGCUGCUGGUGCCAGGGCAGUGUCCAGGAUGAGGCACCUUUCCCUGCGCUCCUGGCUCAGGAAGAUGUGGCGAGGAUCCAUUUUCUCAACAAGACCCAGCCCCAUCCCAGGCAGAAGCUGGUAUUCUAUGAUUCCAGCGAGGAUGUGGACAAAGGGUCCCUAGAUGCUGACCCUUGGCUUCCUGCCUGGACCCCAGAGAACAGCCCCCAAGGGAGCCCACUGCUCCUGGGGCCUCCCCAGAUUGAUGUCUGGAGUGGAACAGGCCACCCAAGUGAGAUCCUCAGGCUUAGCCCUGGCCUUUUCAGCUCCCCAGGGAAACUGCUGCCAGACGAGAUCUUGGAGGAUGACAUGGAGUACCUGACCCAAGCGGCUUUCUUUGAAGAAGUGUGCUUAGAUCUGGAGUCUUCACCUUCAGCCCACAUGCAGGAGGCUCCACAGGAAAAGGACACAGCCUCCAGGGCCCCCAAAGACCCUCCUGAGUCCCACAGCCUGCACCGGUCCUCAGUCUCGCUGGACCACUGCUACCUCUCGCUGAGUGGGAACAGCAAGGCGCCAUCCAGCUCCAGCUCCAGGUCCAGCUCCAGCUCCAGGUCCAGCUCCAGCUCCAGCUCAGAGGACAGCGACUCGGAGCCCCUGUGGAAGCAGCGAGAGGAUAUGCAGGCCAACACUGUGGGCACCCCCGGCUCCAGCGAAGAGGACGAAGACACCACAUGGACCCCCACCCGGCUGGCCUCACCCCUGCCAGCAGCCAAGAAAAAGGCCAGGAAGGGCCAAGUAGCCAGGGCCCCCGUGAAGCCCAAGGAGAAGAAGAAAGGCCCCUGCCCACCCCAGAUGAAGAAGAAGUGCGUCAACGGCUUCAUCAUGUUCUGCAGGAUGAACCGGAAGCAGUACAUCCGAUCCUGCCCUGGAACCGCUUCCACAGCUGCCACCAAGGAGCUGGCCCAGCUGUGGCGGGUGAUGACCCAGCAGGAGCGGAGGCCAUACUGCACCAAGGCUCGCAGGUUCAGCCGCCAGCACAACCGCAUCGUGAAGCAGGACGGCUCCAGCAGCGAGGCUGAGGACUGGGAGACGCCCAAACCCUUCUACCAGCUGCUGGCCGAGAAGGCCUUGCCGCUUCCCCCGCACCUCCAGUAGAGAGGGCGGCCCCCUCGCCUCGCUCCCCUCACCCCUCAUGGCAACCGCGGCUCUUGGCUCUUGCUGGAAGCCAGGACCCAUCGAUGAAUUUAUCCCUCCUGGGCCUCCAGCCCCUGAGAAUGCAGGUCCCAUGGGACUGGGGAGCGGGGGGGGACACUGAUUGGCCCCAACUGCUGGGUACGUUUGCCUGGAGCACCAGAGUCACCCGCAGCUGCCUUGAUUCUCCCCCGGGCUUAGGAAGGAAACCCAAAAUGAAAUGCGGGGUGUUGGAAGGUGAAGUUUACCCACCCCUCUCCCCUUCCCUUCCCCACCCCAGAGCUACUUGGUUGCAACCCUGUUCAUGCUCACCUCACCCUACUCCUCCCUCUCCUGUUCUAUUUUUAGACUAUUUAUUGUUUUAAAUAAAGCAAGUGGAACCUUUGUUACCAGCAA